AUGGACGCGCCGCAUGCGUUCAUAGGUCAAACAAACAAUCUGUACCCACCAGCCCCCCCACUGAUACCUCCUUCUCCCACCCAACCCACCAAUGGGUCUGUCCCACCAACCUCGACUGUCACCAAGCGACGGCGGAUCUCUGGAGCCACAUCAAGAGGUGUAUCUAAUCUCACACCUGAGCAGCUUCAGAAAAAACGAGCAAAUGACCGCGAAGCACAGCGUGCCAUCCGGGAGAGAACGAGGAAUCAGAUCGAGACUUUGGAAAAGCGAAUCCAAGAGCUGACAUCUCAGGACCCUUUCGUGGACCUACAGGAUGUCGUGCGGGAGAAAGAGCUUGUCGCUGCGGAGAACGAGGAGCUGAAGAGGAAGUUGAGUUCCAUUGCCAACCUGGCUCAGCAGAGCUUUCCGAUCGCAAAUGUCCUCAAUCAGCCAGCGGAGGUCACUCUACCUCCAUUUUCCACAACCGCAACGGCUCCCCUCACCAUUCCCUCUCCAGCUACUGUAUUCAAUGAACCUAUUUCAGUCCGAAGCUCCGCAUCUACAGGGUCGAAUUACAGUGCAUCACCUUCGACAACGAAGCACACCCCCCCAAUCCCGCAGCCUAACUUUCUACCUGGCAUGUUACCUCAGCUCAAUGCUUUUGGCCUGCGCAAUCGGCCAAUCGACGAUAAGAUGGGAAUUGACGCUGUGAUGUCAAGGAGCAGACACAAUAGUCGAGAACAUCAAAUGCAGCAACGAGCACGGUCUGGGUCAGUCACUGCAGAAGUACUGCCUCAAGACCCACUCGCUGUGAGAACGGUCGGCUUGGAUGCAAGGGGAGUCGCAUUACCUCCAUACGCCAUGCCACCCCGCAAUACCGUAACCUCAUGUCCUCUGGAUACGCUUUUCCUCGACUUCCUCAGCGACAACCGAAGACAGGCAAUGAGCGGUAUCCCCAUUGCAGAAUUAGCUGGGCCUCCCAAUCCAAGCUUCAUUUCUCUCAUUGAGCCGAAUCCUAGAUCCACGGCGCAUCCUCUGUCCAGGGUAUUCACGGAUAUGCUCCACACGUUCCCUUCUAUCGACACCAGGCCCGAGCAGGUCGCAAUUCUGUAG